AUGACAGCACCUCAGAAUCCUAUCACCAGAGCUAUUUGGGACGGUGCUCUUCCGAUAAAAUUUUCUCUUGACGCUGGGGAAGCUGACGCAGCAGGAGCAAAUACAAUAAUAGAACCAUAUUUUAUAGAGGCUCCACGGUGUUCCUAUUUCCCGUUGUUAACCAGUCAAAUAAGAAAAUAUUUUACCGACUUGUCGUUACAAUUCAUUGGAGACGACGCGGAGAUUUGGUAUGAUGUGGACGGGACGCCGUUGAAAUGGCAUUAUCCAAUAGGGCUGUUAUUUGAUCUGCACACUGGCUAUAGACCCGACUCUAAUAGUCCACCACCUUUACCAUGGCCUGUAACCGUACACUUUAAAAAUUUCCCUGCAGAUAAACUAAUCCGCGCACAGGCUAUCGAUGCUACACAGGAUUUCUUCAUGUCUAUGAUCAAAGAAGCGGACUUUCUAAGAAAUGGCAGCACAAAGAAAGUAAUGAACUUGUCAAAGAAUGAUCAAGUACAGCUUUGGGAUGGAUUGUGGUCCAAUAGCCUUCUCUCUUGUAAGGUCUUACAAUACCUUAACCAGGCCAUUCUUACGUAUCAAUGUGCAGGAGAUUACGAUCGUUUCUGGAGUAUAAAUUAUCGCCUUGUUAUGAAUGAUGGACAGGUACCUAGGCACAUUCCUCUGCGAAUAUAUUUGCCUGAUAAUUGCCCUGUCAUACAGGAACCUAUUUCGCCAUUGAACGAAGACGGGAAAGUAUUAUCGUUGGGUGCUGUGCUUCAUCGGGUACUCCCAGAAUUGUUUCCAUCGCCCACAACAAAUGACAGUAGCACCGAUGCUGCGCCAGUAAUUCAUGGAGUCAUUACGUCCCUGGCAGUGCCUAUCGUCGAGGCCUCUCAGAAUUUAUGUUAUCCGGAUAAUUUCUUACAUAUUGUAGUUCUUCUCGGAAAGUAA